GACUUCUGCGGGGGGAGGCAUGCUGGACAGCGCCAAGGAUUGGGGAGACAACCAGGUGUGAGCCCAGGGUGCAGAGAGAGCUGGGGGAGGGUCUGUGUGUCUGUAACACUUCCCUGUCCACUCCCACAGAUGGAGUCCAAGAGAGAUAGGAAGGAGAGGACGAGAACCCCAGUACUAAAGAAAAAUAAGGUGCAUCCUAGCUGGACCUGGGGCUCUGUGGGGUUAAUACCAGUGGAAGGGACAAGAGUCUCUUGUGCAGCGUGACUAUGCUGGGUGCAGGAGCAGUGGGGUGCUUUCCAAUUGUAGCUGUGACAACAUCAUGCAAAGGGGGUUCAGGGUAAGCCCUGGGGUGUGGGUGAUGCGAGAAGGAGAGCCUAGCCAUCACGGCAGAUUGUGAUGAUAACUUUUGUUUUUCCCUCUUGUGUUGUGUUUGGCACCAAGGGGAAAGAAAUGUGGGGGUGGAGAGGGAGGGGAAGAGGGGAAAGAGUCCAGCCCAGUGGUGAGAUGGAAAACGAGUGAGAGCAGAAGCGUUGUUGAUGCCAGGCAAGACAAUCACCAACGAAAUCAUGCUGCCCGAGCAUGGUGAGAUUUUCCCAGGGCCCCCCGAGUUGCCCGAGGCCCCUGGGCAUGGGCCCCCUGUGCGUUAAGCCGCCACUGCAAUGGCUGCAGGGCUCAGGAUACCGCUUCCCAGCAUGCCUGGAAUGCCGGGCGGAGACGGAACAUGCGGGGAGCUACCACCAGAGCCAAUCAGAAGUCAGCGCUCGGAGACAAAGGGGUCAGUUUAUAUUUGGUUGUUGGCUGUUGGUGGAGUGGAGCAGAGGGAGACGCGUCACAGCCUGGGAGGUGCCCAUUGACACUCAGACCGAAGACCCGUUCCAGGAUGGACGUGCUGAGAAGGUAUCUCAGGAGGAAGGUGGCCCCGGAGCCAGAGGGGAGCAGCUGCCAGCGUCCCCAGACAGAGAGCUGCCCCUCCAUCCGCAUGGCAUGUGAAGCAGGCCCCGGCCACCCCAGGAGAUGGUCCUGCUCGGCCUUGCUCACUGGGAGGAAACCAGCCCCCAGGGCUGGUGCUGAGCAGAGAGAGACAACAUCCAGGCCGAGAUGGAGGUGGCCUAAGUUCAAUCUGGGCAGGCAGGACUCAGCCCAUGGCAGGAGCCAGGCAACGCAGCUCUGGGUUUGCUUCUGCUGGAAGGCCUGCCCUCAUCCCAGCUGCGUGGGCCAGCAGGAAGCAUUCCCAGGGCAGGAGCUGGGGGAUCGCUGCCUCAGCUGCUUAACUGUUGCCGGAGAGGAGAGCAGCUACUCUCUGGAGGUUCUCUGCAACACGGAGGCUGAGUGGUCCUCCACUGCAGCAAGAGUCACCCUCUGCCCUUGUCUCUCUGAUGCAGAGACCCCCACAGACCAGUCAGAGAAGGACUUUGCCCCUGAGGAAAAGACAGAGGAGGAUGAAGACCCUGACACAGAAAGAGAGGAAGAGGAGGAAGAUCUAAAGACAGAGGAGGAGGAGAAGCAGGAAGAGCAAGUCCUGAUUAGUGAAAAAGAGGAGGAGGUGGAGGAGCUAGUGAUGAAAGAGGAGGAGAACAUUACCACUGAGGAGGAGGAAGACCUGGACACAGAGGAGAAGGGGGAGGAGGAAAUAUCUAUAGAAGAGAACAAGGAGGAGGAUGAGAACCUGUUUGCAGAAAAGGAAGAAGAGGAGGAGGAGGAAGAGGAAGAGGAGAAUGUGUCUGCAGAAAAGGAAGAAGAGGAGGAGGAGGGGGGGAUGUGUCUGAAGAGAAGGAAGAGGAGAAUCUGACUACAGAAGA